UAGGCGGGUCGGGUCGGGUCGGUCUCUCCUUCUUUUCGUCGCGCGGUGCAGGGGACGCCGUCAUUCUCCUCGGUUCUUCCUUUCCUUCCCGUUCUCUGUCUUUGUGCAUUUGCAGAGAACCCAUCGUUCCUCUGUUUUUUUUUCUUCUCUUCUCCAGUUCCGACCACCAUGGCGCCUCCUCCGUUCACAAAGUGUCGAAACUUCGCCGGCGCAAACUGUGCGUAGCGUUGCUGGUUGGUUGCGGGUUUCUCUGAGUGCGAAUCGAUUGUUAGCUUCCUCCAUUGGCGACGCCUUUCCACGAGUAGGGUUCUCGGUCUCUCUGGGUUUUGUUCUCUGUUCAAACUAUGUAAGAGUGUGAAAGAUACAUUUGUAAACACUCUGUCUUGUAAUGAUUGGCCACCGCUAGGAGAUGCAAGGGAACAUCUCAUCUUCAAAUCACAUUAACACUUCGGACUCGAUUUUACUUUCGCUUCCACUACAACAAUUAGGUAUCAUCAGAACAUUUCAAUAUGACAUUUAAGAGCAUAGUAUUAGGGGUAUUAGAGUAUGGAAGGUUGGUGGGAGGUCGGUGGGAUUGCACGAACCAUUUGCGCCCCCAAAUCCUCUGGAAUCUGGCCUCUGUUCCUCUUUCCUGACAGGCGGCCAACGCCAGUGUACUCUGUUUUUCUUCCUUUAUUCAUCUAUUAUAUUGAAGCUAUAAAAUGAGGUGUUUAGCUCAUGCUACACACCUCCCACCACAAUAAUACAAAAACACAAUCACCAAAAAAUGCGGUUUAAAUGUUUUUGUCUGUUCUUCCUCUAAAGUCAAAACAUGUGGUCUCUACCCAAACACAACGCAUGCAGUAAAGAGAUAGAACACAGAAAGAAAGAAAGAAAGAAAGAAAGCUGCAACCUUGAGCUCACAGGCUUUCAUGGCUUCCAAAUCCAAGCAACCACCUCAUUUCCUUCUCAUCCCACUCAUGGCUCAAGGCCAUCUAAUCCCCAUGGCCGAUUUGGCCAAGCUUCUAGCUGAAAAUGGAGCCAGAGUGAGCCUGAUCACCACCCCUCAAAACGCAUCGCGGAUCAACUCCCUUCUCUCCCACCCAAACCAAUCCCAAAUCCAAAUCCUUCACCUCCAAUUCCCAUCUCACCAACAAUCCGGUUUUCCCCAAGGCUGUGAGAAUUUCGACUCCUUGCCUUCACUCAGCUUACUCCCCAAAUUCUUAUGGGCAACGGCUCUUUUCUGUCGGGCCACAGAGGAUUUGUUCCAGCAGUUGUCUCCCAGACCGAGCUGUAUCGUGUCGGACAUGGCGUUGCCUUGGACAAUUAAGGUUGCCCACAAGUUUAAUGUUCCUAGGCUUGUUUUCUACAGCUUGUCUUCGUUGUAUCUGUUGGGUAUGGCGAAUCUACGAGCCACAGGUGUUAUUGACAGAAUCAUGUCUGCUUCUGACUCCGAGCGAAUUGUUAUUCCCAAUUUGCCUGAUAAAGUCGAGUUGACUAAGCCGCAAUUUAUCUGCACUUUGGAUGCUGAGUUUAUGGAGUGGGCCAAUGAAAUGGGCAAAGCUGACCAAGCUUCCUAUGGUGUCAUUGUCAACUCUUUCGAUGGGUUGGAGCCAAAAUACCUUGAGGAGCUCAAGAAGGCAACAGGAUCAGAUAAAGUUUGGUGUGUUGGGCCUGUUUCAUUAUGCAACAAAGACACAACCGACAAGGCUAUAAGAGGUAACAAGGCCGCCAUUGACGAACACGAAUGUCUCAAAUGGCUUGACAGACAACAGCCUGGUUCAGUCGUCUACGCUGCACUCGGCAGCUUAUGCAACUUAAUAGCAGCACAAAUCAUAGAGUUGGGGCUGGCUCUAGAGGCAUUGAACAGGCCAUUCAUUUGGGUCAUAAGACAAACCGAAGCCACGAACAACGAACUAGAAAAGUGGCUGUCAGAGUCCGGGUUUGAAGAGAGGACCAAAGAAAGAGGGCUGGUGGUCCGUGGCUGGGCUCCGCAACUGCUGAUAUUAUCACAUCCGGCAGCCGGAGCCUUCGUCACACACUGUGGCUGGAACUCAACCAUAGAAGGGAUCACAGCAGGAGUGCCGAUGGUGACCUGGCCGUUGUUCGCCGACCAGAUAUUCAACGAGAAGUUGAUCGUUCAGCUUCUGAAGGUUGGGGUCAGCGUGGGGAUGGAGAAGAGUGUUAUGUGGGGAAGUGAGGAGGAAAUCGGGGUUCAAGUGAAGAUGGAAGGCAUUAGAGGGGCAAUUGAGAAGGUGAUGGAUGGAGAGGGAAACAAGGAGAUGAGAAGAAGAGUGAGGGAUUUAGCUGAAAGAGCGAAGGCGGCCAUGGAAGAAGGAGGCUCUUCUCAUCUCAAUUUGAAGCUGUUGAUUGAAGAUAUUAUGCAUCAGGCAGAGGCUCGGGAGGCCCAAAAGUAGUCAUUUAUUCAUUGCUAAAAUGCUAAGUCCACAUUUGAAUUAUGGAUGUUCUUACCAUCUCAUACAAUCUUAAUAUUGCUUAGAACACAGUUUUAUAAUUCAAGUUUAAUUUAUAUUCUCUCCCUCUAAACACUUUUAAGA